CCUUCCCAUUGAUUUAGGAGCAUUUCAGGGUCACUUCCUGUUGAUAUCGGGUCACCUCCUCUUCAUCUGUGGGGGCAUGUUAGUGUCACUUCCUGUUGAUUUGGGGGCAUUCCAGGUUCACUUGCUGUUGCUCUUAGGUCACUUCCUGUUGAAUUUGGGGGCAUUUGAGGUCACUUCCUCUUAAUUUGGGGGCAAUUUGGGGUCACCCUCUGUUAAUAUCGGACCACUUCCUAUUGAGGGCAUUCCAGGGUCACUCCCUGUUGAUUCUGGGUCACUUCCUGUUGAUGUUGGGUCACUUCCUGUUGAUUUUGAGGCAUAUCAGUGUCAAUUCUGGUCAAUAUUGGGGUUACUUCCUGUUAAUUUGGGGGCAUUUUGGGGUCACCCUCUGUCAUUAUCGGGCCUAUUGAUUUUCGAGCAUUUCAGGGUCAGUUCCUGUUGAUUUGGGGGCAUUCCGGGGGCACUUGCUGUUGAUCAUUGGUCACUUCCUGUUGAAUUUGGGGUAUAUCAAGGUCACUUCCUGUUAAUUUGGGGACAAUUUGCAAUCACCCUCUGUUAAUAUCGGACCACUUCCUAUUGAGGGCAUUUCAGGGUCACUCCCUGUGGAUACUGGGUCACAUGCUGUUGAUGUCGGAUUUCAGGUCACUUCCUGUUGAUUUGGGGGCAUUCCGGGGUCACUGGCUGUUGAUCUUGGGUCACUUCCUGUUGAUUUUGGGGCAUACUGAGGUCACUUCCUGGUGAUGCUGGGUCACUUCCUGUUGAUGUAGGGUCACUUACUAUUUAUUUUGAGGCAUAUCAAUGUCAAUUCCGGUCAAUAUUGGGGUCACUUCCUGUUAAUUUGGGGGCAGUUUAGGGGUCACCCUCUGUUAUUAUCGGGCCACUUCCUAUUGAUUGAUUUUGGGGCAUUUCAGGGUGACUUCCUGUUGAUGUGGGGGCGUUCCGGGGUCACUUGCUGUUGAUCGUAGGUCACUUCCUGUUGAAUUUGGGGUAUAUCGAGGUCACUUCCUGUUAACUUGGGGGCAUUUUGAGGUCACCUCCUCUUAAUUUGGGGGCAGUUUGAGGUCACCCUCUGUUAAUAUCCGGCCACUUCCUAUUGGGGGCAUUUCAGGAUCACUCCCUGUUGAUUUGGGGGCAUUGCAAUGUCUGUUGAUCUCGGGUCACUUCCUGUUGAUUACGGGCCAUUUUGAGGUCCUUUCCUCUUAACUUGGGGGCAAUUUGGGGUCACCCUCUGUUGAUAUCAGGCCACUUCCUAUUGAUUUGGGGGCAUAUCGGGGUCACUUCCUGUUGAUUUUGGGGAAUUUCGGGGUCAAUUCCUAUUAAUUUGGUGGCAUUACAGGGUCACUUCCUGAUGAUUUUGGAGAAUUUCGGGGUCAAUUCCUAUUGCUAUCGUGUCACCUCCUGCUCGUUAUGGGGCAUUUCGGGGUCAUUUCCUUUUGAUUUUAGGGCAUUUCAGAGUCACUUCCUGUUGAUAUCGGGUCACUUACUGUUUAUUUGGGGCCAUUCUGGGGUCACUUCCCAUUGAUAUGGGGUCACUUUGUAUUGAUUUAGGGUCAUUUCAGGGUCACUUCCUGUUGAUCUCGAGUCACCUCUUGUCGAUUUCGGGGGUCACUUCCUGUUGAUAUCUGGUCAAGUCCUGUUGAUUUGGGGGCAUAUCAGGGUCACAUCCCGUUGAUCUCGGGUCACUUCCUGUUUACAUCAGUUCACUUUCUGUUGAUUUGAAGGUAUUUUUAAGUGACUUCCUAUUGAUACCUGGCUAUGAACCAAACUGUUAGUAAAUCCUUCAAAAAAGUCAGCGAAUUAAUAGUAUUUUUGGGAGAAAUUACUCAUAUCCGCAUAUGUCUCUCCGACGCAAGAUGGCCGCUCGUUACACGCGCCGUAGUUCUCUACCUUUAGUAAUCUAGGAUUAUAUACAUGAUAUUUAUUAACCAACCAACCCCUUUUCGUUUUCGUGUUUGUCAUUAUUGACGUAUCCGGAAGCUGUCAACGUGGGUGAAGCUAAGCUAACCGAGCUACCAAUUGUGAGCGGUUGUCAGCCCGCUUCUUUUGUUUUCGUUGUUCGCAGGAUGACGGCCAGUCCGGAGCAGCUGGCUGCGGUGGGUUCCGUUCUGGUGGACCCCCGUCAGGACCUGACCCGCAGGUUCCGUGCUCUCUUCACCCUCAAGAACCUCGGAGGUGCUGAGGCGGUGGAGUGGAUCAGCAAAGCGUUUGCGGAUGACUCGGCGCUGCUCAAACACGAGCUGGCUUACUGUUUGGGGCAAAUGCAGGACACCCGCGCCAUCCCCGUCCUCAGCGACGUGCUCGCCGACACGCGACAGGAUCCCAUGGUACGCCACGAAGCGGGGGAAGCGCUAGGAGCCAUCGGGGAUCCUUCGGUUCUGGACCUGCUCAAGUCCUACAGCCAGGAUCCUGUUGUUGAAGUAGCGGAGACGUGCCAGCUGGCCGUGCGCCGCCUGGAGUGGCUGGCGAGCGGGGGCGCCGACGGGGGCCCGUACGAUUCGGUGGACCCGGCGCCACCCGCGCCCCGCAGCAGCGUGGCCGAGCUGCGCGCCGUCCUGCUGGACGAGAGCCUGCCGCUUUUCCAACGCUACGGGGCCAUGUUCGCUCUGCGUAACCUCGGCGGCAAGGAGGCGGUGCUCGCGCUGGGAGAUGGGCUCCAGUGUUCAGGCGCCUUGUUCCGCCACGAGAUCGGCUACGUGCUGGGCCAGAUGCAGGACCCGGCGGCGGUCCCGGCCCUACGCGCCGUCCUGGAGCGCGGCGGCGACGAGAGCGCCAUGGUGCGACACGAGGCGGCCGAGGCCCUGGGCGCCAUCGGCCGCGACGAGUGUCUGGACGUGCUGCGGCGCUACCGCGACGACGCCCAGCGCGUGGUUAAGGAGAGCUGCGAAGUGGCUUUGGACAUGCUGGACUACCAAAACGGCCCGCAGUUCCAGUACGCCGACACGCUGGUGGCGAUUCAAGGAGAGGCCGCCAGUUAAAUUUGGAAUAGGGGAACAUUCGCUACCCCCCAAACAAAUGUUGACCCAUAUAUGUUGAAAAAACAUCACAUGACACGUUAUAUAUAAUAUGUCGCCAGAAGUGUUAUAAACACUAAAAUAAAACUUUCACUUUCUGGGACAGUCGACAUCUGUUCAAAGGGCGUAUGUGUUGUGGUAGUUAGUAAAAGAGGGAAAUUGAGGGAGCGAUAGCUUGAAAUGGAUUGGAUGUCUACUGUUGUCAAUGGUAGCCAAAGAGUAACGCUAUGUGGGAGUUUUAUCAAACAACAAAAAUGAGUAUAAUUUGUCUUUUUGCAUAUUUGGGAAUAUUACAAUUUUUUCUAAAUUA